AUGGACUUGUCAGUGUAUGAAGCUCAAUCCCCAGCUCAUGGGGAGUUUAGAAGUGAUACUUUCACCACCCCAACUGCCUCAAUGAUUAAAGCUCUUGCUCAAGCUUCUUUGGGUGAUGCUGUUUACAAUGAAGAUGAUUUAACUAUCAAAUUAGAGAAGAAAGUGGCUCUGUUAGCUGGUAAAGAAAGUGGAUUAUAUUGUGUUAGUGGUACUUUAUCCAAUCAAUUGGCUGUUAGAUGUAAUCUUUUCCAACCUCCUUAUAGUGUGUUAUGUGAUUAUCGUGGUCAUAUCUUUGUUCAUGAAGCUGGUGGUUUACCAACCUUAAGUCAAGUUUUACCAAAUCCAAUUAAACCUAAGAAUGGGAUCCAUUUAACUUUGGAGGAUGACAUUUUACCUAAUUUUGUACCUGAUGAUGGGGAAAUUCAUUCUACCCCAACAAAGUUGAUUUCUUUGGAAAAUACCUUACAUGGAAUGAUCUUUCCUAUCGAAGAGAUCAAAAAGAUUAGUAAAUUCUGUAAGGAGAAUGACGUUAGAUUACAUUUAGAUGGAGCUAGAUUAUGGAAUGCUUCAGUUGAAACUGGAAUUUCAAUUGCUGAAUAUUGUUCUUAUUUCGACUCAGUUUCUUUAUGCUUAUCUAAGAGUUUGGGGGCUCCAAUUGGAUCUGUUUUAGUGGGAGAUAAAAAACUUAUUGCUAAAGCUAAUCAUUUCAAGAAGCAAAAUGGUGGAGGUAUCAGACAAAGUGGAAUAUUAGCAGCUAUGGCUAUUGUGGCUAUUGAUGAAAAUUUACCUAAAUUGAAGAAAACCCAUGAAAUGGCUAAAGAAUUAGGAAAAUUCUGUGAGGACAGAGGUAUUAUCUUAGAACAUCCUGUGGAUACUAACUUUGUCUUCAUUGAUUUACAAGCCAAUGACAUGGAUAUCAACUACUUGAAUAAGUUGCUGGACAAACACGGUAUCAAUUUCAGAAGUGGUAGAGUAGCUUUACAUUAUCAAGUGUCUGAUGAAAGUUUCAUCAAGGUUAAGAAAUGUAUUGAAGAGUUGCAUGAAUAUGCCAAAGCUAAUCCAUCAAAGGGUGCUUCUGCUAGAUUUUAUGAUGUUAAGUAG